AUGGCCAUGGCUCUAAUCAAUAAGCUCCAAUCGAGAACUUUGGUCUUAUUCAUUUGGCUGUUUGUCUCUGCACUUGGACAGAACCUGCUAAGUUGUGACACUACCUCUCCGGAUGCUUCUGGUUAUCAGUGCAAUGGAAUUGCAUCGCAGGAUCAGUGUGGGACAUUUGCAAUUAUGCGCACCAAUUCCUACUACUCGUCUCUUUACAACUUGAGCUUCUACUUGGGCAUCAGCCGUUUUGUGCUUGCAGAAGCAAAUGGCUUUUCUGCAGAGACAGAACACCUUCCGAAAGAUCAACCUUUGUUGAUUCCGAUUGAUUGUAAAUGCAAAGGUGGUUUCUCGCAGGCUGAAUUGACAAAAACUACCAUAAAGGGGGAGAGUUUUUAUGGCAUUGCUGAAUCGCUAGAGGGCUUGACAACAUGCAAAGGCAUCCGAGAGAUGAAUCCGGGAGUCUCACCAUGGGGUCUUGGUGAUAAAGUUAUGUUACUGAUCCCACUCAGAUGUGCCUGUCCUUCAUCUGAAGCCAGUCCAAAGACGAGGCUUUUGCUUUCUUAUCCAGUAAGCCAAGGUGAUACAAUUUCUAACUUGGCCAUUAAGUUCAAUACCACUCCAGAAGCUAUAAUACUUGCAAACAACAAAUCAUCCCCAACUUUUAGACCUGGAAACCUAAUACCUUUUACAACUCUUCUGCUUCCUGUUGAUAGAGAGCAUAUUUUUGGUCCUAUUGCAAACACUUGUGAACCCAAUUUACGUUUUCCAGCAACCAGCAUCCCAGUAAUUAGCCCUCAGAAGAAAAAGUCCAAAAUGUGGAAGAUUGGUUUAUAUAUUGGAGUUAGUGCGGCUGCAGUUGGAGUGAGCAUUGGUAUUGCAGCAGCCUUUGUGUUGAUCCAACUGAAGAAGAAACAAAAUUCCUGCAAGGGAGGGGACGUGGAAUUACAACAGCUCAGUCUCAGCGUAAGAACCACAAGUAACAAGAAAGUUUCAUUUGAGGGAUCUCAGGAUCCUCUUGAUGAUGGUCGGAUCAGAGAUGUCACUCCCCGGAAGAUGCUGGCUGAGACGUAUACUGUUGAGGAGCUGAGAAGAGCAACCGAAGACUUCAGUUCAAGUAAUCACAUUGAGGGAUCUGUCUACCAUGGUCGUCUCAAUGGGAAGAACCUGGCAAUAAAGCGUACACGACCAGAAACAACCUCAAAAAUUGAGCUUGCGCUUUUCCAUUGUGCAAUUCACAGUCACCCCAACAUUCUCAGGCUUCUGGGGACAUGUUUGGCCGAGGGCCCAGAUUCUUUUUUGGUCUUUGAGUAUGCCAAAAAUGGGUCCUUGAAAGACUGGCUUCAUGGUGGGUUGGCCAUGAAGAACCAAUUCAUUGCCUCUUGCUAUUGUUUCUUGACAUGGAGUCAGAGGCUAAGGAUCUGUCUUGAUGUAGCCAUGGCCUUACACUACAUGCACCACAUAAUGAACCCAAGCUAUGUUCAUAGAAAUGUAAAGAGUCGGAACAUCUUCUUAGAUGACGAAUUCAAUGCAAAGAUUGGGAACUUUGGCAUGGCAAGAUGCAUUGAAGAGGAUACCGGGGAUCCAAAAUUUAAUUCCGCACACCCCGCCUCCUGGAGUCUGGGGUAUUUGGCUCCCGAAUAUGUUCGCCAAGGCGUUAUUUCUCCAAGCAUUGAUAUCUUCGCUUUCGGGGUGGUUUUGCUGGAGGUCUUAUCUGGUCGAACACCAAUAACUAGGCCAAAUGAGAAAGGAGAAGGAAGCAUUUGGCUAUCCGAGAAAAUCAAGUCGAUACUGAAGUCAGAAGAAGCGGAUGAGCUAAGGGAAUGGAUGGACAGUGCAUUGGGUGAGAAUUAUUCAUUUGAUGCAGCUGUCACGUUGGCCAAUCUUGCAAGAGCUUGUGUACAGGAAGACCCUUCAUUGAGACCUAGUUCUGGACAAGCUGUUGAGCAAUUAUCAAGAUUGGUGCAACAAUUACCAGAAGGAGAGCAUCUCUUCACGUGUGAAAGCUCUUCCAAGCCUUUAGUGAAGACAUCGGCAAAUGGUAUGUGA